AUGAACUAUGAUAUAAACAAUAAUAUGAAGAAAAAAAUAGAAAACCAUAAAAAAUCAUCCGAAAAAUGCAAUAGAAGCACGUAUCAAUCAGUAUAUAUUAAGGGUACUAUAUUAUGUGAGCAUAAUAGUGAUAGUUACAUAGAAACUGCUAGAAAACUGAAAAAAUGUAACAUCUGUUCCAUACAUGCAUUGUUAUCUAAGUUAUUUAAUUUACCCUUGACUUUAACCCAUAAUAUGUGUUUGCUAAGUUUUAUUAAAUUAAUAGGAAUAUAUAAGUUAUUCAUAUUACAAUUUACUGUUGCAAUGGCACAAUCAGAAGGUCGUGGGGAAGAAGGUACGGACUGCACCCAUCGAACAAAUGGAGAUAAUGGAGGUACUGAAGCAUAUCAACUUUUGACAAAAGUUAAUGAUAAAUUGUGUCCAUUAUGCACAGCUAUUUUACAAGAAUACAAACAAUAUUGUGGACAAUAUUAUCUAGGAAUUGUAGUUCCCCUAGUUACACUUAUUGUCUUAAUCUUAUUUUUUCAGUACAUAUGUAUUAAGUGCUGCAGAUCUUCGAAGUCACGUAAAAACAAAAAAAAAGAAGCAGAUUUGCGUAUGAAUUCUUUUGAACCACGUUAUGAGCGACCACAUAGACAUAUGUAUCAUGGACAUGUGUAUGGUGAAAGCAUGCAACAAUCAAAUAUGUUUCCGGGGGAUAGAAUGCACCCAAAUAAGCAUCGACAACCAUUUAUGUAUCAACAGGCAG